AUGCUUUGGCUGCAGCUCGCCGCGCUACCCUUGGUCUUGGUAACUGCCAUCUCACCCAUCACAACCACCUCAAUGCCCUCGACCAGCGCACUUACAACCAGCGAAACCCUCACCACCAUCGUCACCACCACCGUCGACUACAUGAAUCAAAACUGCGCCUGCACAAACGCCAGCCUCUUCUCCGACAACGAGCGCAUCGCCGCGUGCCGCAAAGAUCUCCUGGUGGAUGUGAUUGACACCAUUAUCAAUAACACCUUUGAGGAUCGCCUCGUGCAGCUUGAGCGUGCCGCCUUUGGAUACUUCUACUAUGGGGACGUUGACUGCGACGUCUCCGUUCUACCAGAAGGCAUUACCCACAUCGUCGGCAACGUCAACUUGGAAUCCUGCACAAGCCUCGAUACCGCCAACCUGACCAUCUUCUCCACCGUCCGCAACAUCUCCGGCGAACUCAGCAUCAAGGGAAACGAUGCCCUCACCACGAUGGACGGUUUCAACGAGCUCACCGCCGUCGGAACCUACCUUCAAAUCACGGAUCACGACGCAUUGGCCGACCUCGAUGGCUUUGGUAACUUCACACGGACAGAAGGAAAAUUAUACCUCAAGGCUCUGGGUGCCUUGACCAACAUUGACGGCUUUAGUAGCCUGACCCAUGUUGGCGACGACUUCUACAUCAAGGACUUGGAUUUGUUGACUGACUUUUCGGGCUUUGCCGAGCUUGCGUACAUUGGAGCCAAGUUUGAAAUCAAUAGCAACGACUUGUUGACCACGCUCGGGUUCACCAAGUUGAACCACAUUGGCAAAUCCAUGACGAUCCAAAAUCACGAUGAACUGCUCAACGUUGACGGUCUGGAUGGUAUCACAACUCUGGGCAGCGAUCUCACGAUCAAGGGCAACGAGAAACUGGCGAACAUUAACGACCUAGGCGAGCUGUCUGAGGUUUACGGCAACGUCGAGAUCAAGAGCAAUCCGGAGCUCACGGAUGCAUCCAGCCUGAGUGCACUGAACACCGUGGAAGACGACGUCUUGAUUUGUGGCAAUAGCGGCAGCCUGGACACGACGUCUUUGGGCAGCACUCUUGCAACCGUGGGAAGCUCCCGCUGCAUUGAAAUUAGCUGCAGCUCUUGCUAA